GAUGAACCUGAAUCAUAACUGAUUCCAUGGCUGUAAAUGUAAUACUCAUCUUCCUCUAUCUUAUUUGGUCUCCAUCUUCAGCGGUGGAUACCAUGCGACAAGGGUCAUCCCUCUCAGUGGAGGACCCAAACGACAUCAUGCUCUCACCAAACGGCAUCUUCUCUGCGGGCUUCUAUGCCGUUGGUGAAAACGCAUAUGCCUUGGCCGUUUGGUUCUCCCAAGCCGACGUCCAAAACGCGACCGCCGUGUGGAUGGCAAACCGUGAGCAGCCCGUAAACGGCAGGGGCUCAAAGCUUUCGCUGCUCCAAAACGGGAAUCUCGCCCUGAGCGACGCUGACGAGUCCCACGUAUGGUCCACAAACACCGUUUCGCUCUCCUCCUCUCUGCGUCUAUCUCUCCACAACACUGGGAACCUCGUUCUCAGCGAAACGAAGGGCGGCGGUGUCGUUUUGUGGCAAAGCUUUGAUUUCCCAACGGAUACGCUUCUGCCUCAGCAAGUGUUCACGAGGCACGCGAAACUCGUUUCUUCUCGAAGCGAUAGCAACAGCUCCUCCGGCUUCUACUCCUUCUUCUUCGACAACGACAACAUUCUUCGUCUUCUCUACGACGGCCCCGAAGUCUCUGGCCUUUACUGGCCCGAUCCAUGGUUGCUCACUUGGAACGCCAAAAGGUCCACUUACAACAACACCAGACUCGCCGUCAUGGACACGCUCGGCAACUUCAGUUCUUCCGAUGAUUUCACUUUCACCACUUCCGAUUACGGCGCCGUCAUGCAGAGAAGAUUCACCCUGGAUCACGAUGGAAACCUUCGUGUUUAUAGUCGCAGACGCGGUGGAGACAAAUGGUCCAUUACGUGGCAAGCCAAAGCAAGACCCUGUAACAUUCAUGGUAUUUGUGGCCCUAAUAGUUUCUGCUCUUACAAUCAAAAUUCUAGUGUCAAGUGCUCUUGCCUUCCCGGGUAUAAGUGGAAGGAUGAUCGUGAUUGGUCUUAUGGCUGCCAACCCGAAUUCUCUACUUCUUGCACUGGAAACCACUCUCGCUUUUUGCGUAUAAGUAACGUGGAGUUGUAUGGCUAUGACUAUGGGAUCAUGCAAAAUUACACGCUCCGUCAGUGUCUGGAGUUAUGCCUUCAAUUAUGCAACUGCGGAGGAGUCCAGUAUACCUAUGUCUAUGACACUGGCACUUAUACCUGUUACCCCAAGUUGCAGUUGCGGAAUGCGUAUCGUACAGCGUAUUUUAAUGCUGAUUUGUACUUGAAACUCCCAUCAAACAGUACUUAUUCUUACGAGGGGUCCCUAAGUGAGCAUGGUCUUGAUUGUUCUUCCAGUUUGAGAACGGUUCUGCUUGAGAGAGCUUAUGACAUGGGUCAUGGAAGCAGAUAUGUGAAGUUCUUGGUUUGGUUUGUAGGGGGAGUGGGAGGGCUUCAAGUUUCGUCUAUAUUGGUGAUUUGGCUUUUUCUGGUGAGAACACGGGGGAAGCAAUAUUCUGGUGUAGAUGGACGACUCUAUAAUCUGGCCAUGACCGGUUUUAGGAAAUUCAGUUAUUCUGAGGUGAAACAAGCCACGAGAGGGUUUAGGGAAGAGAUAGGAAGGGGUGCAGGAGGGUUUGUGUACAAAGGUGUGUUGUUGGAUCAACGAGUUGCAGCAGUGAAGCGACUCAAGGAUGCUAAUCAAGGAGAAGAAGAGUUUCUCGCAGAAGUAAGCAGCAUUGGAAGGCUUAACCACAUGAACCUGAUUGAGAUGUGGGGGUACUGUGCUGAGGGAAAACACAGGCUAUUGGUGUAUGAGUACAUGGAGCAUGGCUCUCUAGCACAAAAUAUCGAGUCCAAUGCAUUGGAUUGGUCCAAAAGGUUUGAUAUAGCCUUAGGUACAGCAAGAGGUCUAGCUUAUCUUCAUGAGGAGUGUUUAGAGUGGAUUCUACACUGUGAUGUAAAGCCCCAGAACAUACUUCUAGAUUCUAACUACCAUCCCAAGGUUGCGGAUUUUGGGUUGUCCAAGCUGAGAAACAGAAAUGAUACUAGCACAUACUCUAGUUUUUCAAGGAUACGUGGAACAAGAGGUUACAUGGCUCCUGAGUGGGUUUUUAACCUACCAAUCACAUCCAAAGUUGACGUUUAUAGCUAUGGAAUUGUUGUUUUGGAGAUGAUCACUGGAAAGAGCGUAGCAAAGGAUGUUGUUAUCAGUGAUGAUAAGGGUGUGGAGAAGCGGAAUCUGAACCUGGUUGCGUGGCUUAAAGAGAAACAGAAAAUGGGAAGUGGGUGGGUUAAUGAAAUCUUAGACCCCACGGUAGAAGGAGUAUAUGAGGAGGGUAAGAUGGAAGCUUUGGGCAAAGUGGCUUUGCAAUGCGUGGAGGAAGAGAAAGACAAGAGGCCCACCAUGAGCCAAGUAGUGGAGAUACUUCAGAAAUCUAGCCACCAAAAUGAUAAUCAGUGAUCAUCACAGAAUGGGGAAUCCUGUGUUUGUUUAGUGUACAAAUAAAAUUAAGUAGUUUGAACAAUGUAUAUUAUGUUUUGGUGAUGGAGUGUUCUAAUCCUACUAAUAACAUUACUCGUCA